GCAGGAAGGGUAAGGGGUGGGGAUGCGUCGUUUAUAAGAGCAGCAGCGGUGACAAUGUUCUGGGCAGUCCUCCUCCAGCUCGGGUCCCCUCAGGGCUUCCGUCUCCCACCCUCUGUUUCCCCUGCGUCCCGGAGAGGCCGGUGGGGACAAAGGGACAGAAGAGAGGACGCAGGAAGCCAGAGGUGUGGGAAAAGCGAAACCCCAGGCUGUCAAACCAGGGGAUCCCUUCCAAUUUCAAAGGAAGUCUGCUGACGUCCGUUAGCUAAAUUUAACAUCCUCGGCUGCGCGACCCUGGACUUGGGAAAGGAACAUGAACUUUGCGGACACAGAGGGCCCCAAGAGAUACUGCAUCCAGGCGAAGCAUGUGGCCGUCAUCUGUGCCGUGGUGGUGGCAGUGGGGUUAGUGGUAGGGCUCUCCGUGGGCCUGACCAGAUCGUGUGACUCCGCCGGGGACUCCGGGCAGGUGACAUCUCCGGCCCCGUCCCACCUGCCUUCUUCCACCGCUCCCGCCCAGGACGGGGACGUCUGCCCCGCCAGCGACGAUGCCAGCGGGGAGUGGACGAACUUCAGGCUGCCGGACUACCUGAGCCCCGCGCACUACGACCUGGAGGUGCGGCCCGUGCUGGAGGAGGACAGCUACACGGGCGCCGUGAACAUCUCCAUCAACGUGAGCGCGGCCACGCGCUACCUGUGGCUGCACCUGCGGGAGACCAAGAUCACGCGGCUGCCGGCGCUGCAGGGCCCCUCCGGGGAGCAGGUGCCGGUCAAGAGAUGCUUCGAGUACGAAACCCAGGAGUACCUGGUGAUCGAGGCGGAGGAAGAGCUUCCCCCCAGCGGCGACGACGGCCUCUACGUCCUGACCUUGGAGUUCGCCGGCUGGCUGAACGGCUCCCUCGUGGGCUUUUACAGAACCACCUACACGGAGAACGGGGAAACCAAGAGCAUAGCAGCGACUGAUCAUGAACCCACAGAUGCCCGGAAAUCCUUCCCUUGCUUUGAUGAGCCCAACAAAAAGGCAACUUACACAAUAUCUAUCGUCCACCCCAAAGAAUACAAAGCACUUUCAAAUAUGCCAGUGGAGAAUGAAGAGGCAGUGGAUGAUACGUGGCAGCGAACGACUUUUGCGAAGUCUGUCCCCAUGAGCACCUACCUGGUGUGCUUUGCCGUCCAUCAGUUUGAUUCUGUAGAGAGACUAUCCAACAGUGGAAAACCCCUCACUAUUUAUGUCCAGCCAGAGCAAAAGCACACAGCUGAAUAUGCUGCAAACAUAACUAAAAUUGUGUUUGAUUAUUUUGAAGAAUACUUUGCAAUGAACUAUUCUCUUCCUAAAUUAGAUAAAAUCGCUAUUCCGGAUUUUGGCACGGGUGCUAUGGAGAACUGGGGACUCAUCACUUACAGAGAAACAAACCUGCUCUACGACCCUGACCAAUCAGCCUCCUCCAACCAACAGACGGUGGCUACUGUGGUUGCCCAUGAACUUGUGCAUCAGUGGUUUGGAAACAUUGUGACCAUGGACUGGUGGGAUGACUUGUGGCUGAACGAAGGAUUUGCUUCUUUCUUCGAGUUCCUUGGAGUAGACCAUGCAGAAACAGACUGGCAAAUGCGUGACCAGAUAUUACACGAAGAUGUAUUAUCUGUGCAAGAAGAUGAUUCUUUAACGUCUUCACAUCCAAUCAUUGUCACGGUGACAACCCCUGCGGAAAUAACAUCUGUUUUUGAUGGAAUAUCCUAUAGCAAGGGAGCUUCUAUUUUGAGAAUGCUUGAAGACUGGAUGACACCUGAGAUAUUUCAGAAAGGAUGUCAGAUGUACUUGGAAAAAUUCAAAUUCCAGAACGCAAAAACUUCAGAUUUUUGGGAAGUACUGGAAGAGGUAAGUAAUCUACCAGUGCAAGAAGUCAUGGAUACCUGGACCAUCCAGAUGGGCUACCCUGUGCUCAGCGUGAAGGAUGCUCGGUACCUUGUACAGAAACGCUUUCUGCUGGACUCAACAGCCGAUCCUUCCCAGCCAGCUUCCGAUCUUGGUUACACAUGGAAUAUUCCAGUUAAAUGGACCGAAGAUAAUAUAACAAGUACUACACUCUACAAUAGGUCAGAAGAAGGAGGAAUCACUUUGAACUCUUCUAAUCCUAGUGGAAAUGCUUUUCUCAAAAUAAACCCAGAUCAUAUUGGGUUUUAUCGUGUAAAUUAUGAAGUACUAAUUUGGAACCAGAUAGCUGAAAAUCUUUCCUUGAACCACAAGAACUUUUCUUCUGCUGAUCGUGCAAGUCUCAUUGAUGAUGCUUUUGCCUUGGCGAGAGCUCAACUUCUAGAUUAUCAUGUGGCUCUGAACUUGACCAAGUAUCUCAGAAAUGAAGAGGAUUAUUUACCAUGGCAGAGAGUCAUUUCAGCCAUAACCUACAUCAUUAGCAUGUUCGAAGAUGAUACCGAGCUAUACCCUAUGAUCCAGGAAUACUUCCAAAGUCAGGUGAAGCCCCUCGCGGAUUCUCUGGCAUGGACCGACACCGGAGAUCAUCUCACAAAGUUACUCCGUGCCUCCGUGCUGGGGCUGGCAUGCAGGAUGGGAGACAGAGAAGCCUUGAGCAACGCUUCCCAGUUAUUUGAGCAGUGGCUAACCGGGACUGUAAGUAUUCCUGUGAACCUCAGGCUUCUGGUGUAUCGGUACGGGAUGCAGAACUCUGGCAACGAAGCUUCGUGGAACUACACUCUUGAGCAAUACCAGAACACGUCAUUGGCUCAAGAAAAAGUAAAACUGCUCUAUGGAUUAGCAUCAGUGCAUAGCGUUACCCUUUUAUCAAGGUAUUUGGAAUUGCUCAAGGACACAAGCCUUAUUAGAACUCAGGAUGUGUUUACAGUCAUCCGAUAUAUUUCAUACAACAGCUACGGGAAAUAUAUGGCCUGGAAUUGGAUACAGCUCAACUGGGAGUAUCUAGUCAACAGAUUUACAAUCAAUGACAGAAACCUCGGCCGAAUUGUCACAAUAGCAGAGCCAUUCAACACUGAACUACAACUCUGGCAGAUCGAGAGCUUUUUCGCAAAAUAUCCAGAUGCUGGAGCAGGAGAAACAUCCAGGGCACAAGUGCUGGAAACUGUGAAAAACAAUAUCGAGUGGCUAAAACAAAAUACAGACGCCAUAAGAGAAUGGUUUUCUAAUGUACCUAACAAUGGCUAAUGUGCUCAAAUGUUAUAGUUUAAUUUUGUCAAUCUGUUCUUUCUCCUAUUAAGCAUUUGGUGACUAAUUUGCAAGCACUAUGAAGGAAGCCUUAUAAACAGUGCUUUUGCUAAGUACUGUGUUGAUAUGCCUUGAAAAGCUUUUAAACGGUUCCUCUUUGUUUAUGAAGGAACAUACUAAUAGAGUAUUUAACAUACUCAGGGACUUCUAAGUGUGCUUCAGAGGAGAUUCUUUACAAACUGAAGAGAAUUUAAUAGUCCUUUUAAUGUCUUUAAAUAUCAUUCUUUGUAUCUUAAAUCUGUGAAAAGAGAACAAUUUCGUCUUAGCUUUACAUUUUUAGUACCAAAGAAACACCACUUAAUCUUCUCUCUUGAUUGAUUUUUAAACUUUAAAUACCAGUACUUGAGGGACCAAUAUUACCAUUUUAAUCUUUAUUUUAUUAUUCAGAAUUACAUAGACCUAAUAUCAUUUUAUUCACAUACGUCUUACUACUUCAAAUCCUACCAAAGUAACCUGGGCUUAAGUUUUUCUCGAGGACUGCAUGAAUUAGCCAAAGAAACGGCUGUUGCCUUUGCUCUUGUACAAUCAACAAGAGAAUUCUCCACUCCUUUUAAAAAUAAAUAUAAAUGAUUACCUUGAAAAAAA